ACGAGCUCAAAACUUCCCAGCCUCAUUUGCAACCUCCAGCCACCUUCACCUCCCUGUGGGGCUCGCCUCAUUCCUGCCUGCACCUCUGCAAAGGGAUGGGAUUGCUCCUGAAGGUUUUCAUCCCUUUGUUGGGAGCAGCACUGGCCUUUUAUUUUUAUUCGGCAUCUGAGAACUUCAAUGAAGAGAUGCUCCGGGGGAAGCGGGUGAUCGUGACGGGAGCCAGCAGCGGCAUCGGGGAGCAGAUGGCUUAUCACCUGGCACGGAUGGAGGCCCACCUGCUGCUCACGGCACGGACAGAGGCCAAGCUGCAGAAAGUGGUGAAGCGAUGCCUGGAGCUCGGUGCUGCCUCCGCCCGCUAUGUCAGCGGCUCCAUGGACAGCCCCACCCUGCCCGAGGAGCUGCUGAGGGAGGCUGAGAACACCUGGGGUGGCCUGGACAUGCUCAUCCUGAACCACAUCGGCCAGAGUGGCUUCACCUACUUCAACGGGGACGUUGAGCACGUACGAAAGCUCAUGGAAAUCAACUUCGUGAGCUACGUGGCCUUGGCUACAGCUGCCCUGCCGAUGCUGAAGGAGAGCGAGGGCAGCAUCAUCGUGGUUUCAUCCAUAGCAGGUAGAAUUGGUGGCCCAUUUACUGCUCCCUAUUCUGCAACCAAGUUCGCCUUAGAUGGAUUUUUCAGCUCCUUGAGACAGGAACUCAUCAUAGACAAGGUCAAUGUUUCCAUCACACUCUGCAUCCUGGGCUACAUCGACACAGAGAGCGCCGUGCGCGCCGUCUCGCACGUUAUCCCGGAUGCGCCGGCCCCAAAGGAGGAGUGUGCCCUGGAGAUCAUCCGAGGAGGAGCCCUGCGCCAGCGGGAGGUGCGUUACCCGCCCCGGGCAGUGGGCAGCAUGCUCCUCAUCCGCAGCUUAGCCCCAGAAUUCCUCGACUCCAUCAUCCGGAGCAGCUACCACGUGGAAAAUGUCAGGAGAACAUAACAUAGACCCUGGAACUGUGCUGGGACACCCGGGACUGCAACACGGGACCAAGCGUGAGGGAUUUGGGUGUUAACCCUGCUGCUUGGGUGCCCCUUUCCACACCACUGGGGCAUCCCUGUGCUGGCACCCUGGCAGCCUGGGACAGGACACUCCAGGAGUCUGUAACAGCACAAAAAUGUCCUUUUUAGUAAUGGAUUCUUGUAAAGGGCUUUUUCCAACCAGGAGGCCCUUCAGAGGCCCUGCAGCAGCAUCCGCUGCCAGUGUCUUGCUCAGCGGCAGGAUUCCUGCUCAACCUGCAGAAACUGUUCCCUCUGCAAAGCCACUGAGACAGCUGAGCCCUGGCCCAGAACCAGGGUUUGGGCCAAGCAGCACAAAUCACCCAAAGCCAUGAGAGAGUCUCUGAAUCUGGACAUUUUUUGUCACACAUCCCUUCCAUGCCGGUCUUUGUAAAAAUAAAUCCAAUGUUACUUUGA